AUGGCGAGUGGGGAAGAGCCAGCCCCACGCCGGUCCGCCUCCCGCCCGCGGCCCAGCCUCCCGCCCGCUCGCCGCCUCGCUCAGCGCUCCUUCGCCCCGAGUUCUCCAGCCCCUGGAUCCCGGGCUCGCGGGGGUGCGCAGAAGAGGACCCAGGAAAGGAAUGAGCCUGCCACCUGGGCGCAUCAGGACGAGGCUCCAACCAACUGCGCCUCCGGCCAGACCAGGGCGUGUCUUCCAGCCUCGUCUCCGUCAGCCCGCCUGACCCUGGGGUGCCGGGAAAGGAAACCGUGGUCUGGUGUUCUGUUGAGAAGCAGGCUUCUUGGUCGGCCGCUCACCCCUCCAAGCACCUGGCUGGGUUUCCAGUGCCUUCAGCUUCAGACCAAAUCCUGCGCUCUCUUCCGCGGCAGGAACACGCAAGGCGUCCACGAGGGCAGGGAGCACCUCGCCAGGCAUGUCGGACCUCACCCCGCCCUCCCCAUCCCGGAUGCCCCCAGGAGCAAGGCCCUGCGCCCGCCCUCUGGCUGGGGCUCCCCCAGUAUAAAAUGCCUGGGAGAGCGGCACAGGACGGACAUCCGUGGAAUUCGUCUCAUCGCCACGCGGACUGGCUCUCCCUGCCGAUGGCGCAGAUGGUGGGAGGCGUCCCGAAAACCCUGUCUCCUCUGGCCGCUCUCACACCGUCACCCACAGCCUGGAAGGAUGCUGGCGGCAUUCACAGCGCCCAGCAGGGUUAAAGGCCGUUUUGGGGAACAUGCCCGUGGAAGAAGAAGAAGGGGAUGGCGGAGAGAGCAGAGGGCGUGCCCUUGACCGCGUGAAGAAGCAGUUUGCACUGUAUGGUGUCGGCACAGAGGAGGGCAUCAGGGAGACCUGGGGCAAGAAGGCCCCUCAGUCGGCGGCCAGCAUUUCCAGGGCCAGAGGGAGGCUUUUGGGGAAGGAGUGCCGCGUCCUUUCUGCUGCCACUUGAUGGUGUGAUGACUCAUCGGAGGCCAGAUUCUCGGCUCCCCAGGGCCUCUUCCAAACAGGAUGCUGGAGACGGAAGACCAGUGGCAAGUCCUGUCUGGGGGACGGUGCAGAAGGUCUCAAACAUGACAUCUUCACGUGGGACCCGAAUCUGGCGCCUGCUCACAACAGCCACUUAGAGAAUGGGGGUCACCCCUCCCCCCAUGUCCUUGACACUCUCAGGACGGUGCGCAUACCCCACCUCCUGCGAAGGCGGAGGCAUGAGGAAACGGGUAGCUUCCCAAGCCAAACUCUUCUCCCCGUUUGUGGGGCUGCCGGACCACACCCGCCAAGGACGAGUGUCAGGGGCCCUGGGGUGCCUGCGAGUCUCCCUCUGCAUUAGACACACCCCGGGGUGCUGGCAUCUUUAACCUUAUGUGUCCAACACGCUCUCCACCGAGCAUGUUGUUCAGCCUCUGGAAACUUUGCUUGUGGUUUGUGUCUUUGAUCCGUAACAUGGGUAACAUGGCAGUGUUUGCCCGUCUUAGGGUGUGCAGGCUGCUAAAACAACAGAGCCCAGACCCGCUGGCUUAGAAACAACAGGCAUUUAUUUCUCCCAGUUCUGGAGGCUGAAAAUCCAAGAUCGGACCCCAGCAGGGUCGGCUGAAGGCCCUCUUCCGGUGACUAGAUUUCUUGUAUCCUUAUGUGGUGGAAGGGAGUAGAGGGAGGGAAGGGGGAGCUCUCUGGGGUCUCUUGCAUAAGGGCACUAAACCCAGCCAUGAGAGCCCCACCCUCAGGACCUAAUCACCUCCCUGUGGCCCCACCCACCUUCUAAUAUUACCAGCUUGGGGGGUAGGAUUUCAACAAGUGAAUUUGGAGAAGACACAAGCAUUCAGACCCUAGCACUGGCUCUGUGGUAAGUUUUCCAUGAGGAAAUUGUGUAAAACAUUCAGAUUCAUGCCUGCUGUACGCCAAAACUCACACUAACUGGUAGCUCUACCUGCCAGUGUUCUCAUUUGCAAAACAGGAUCAACAACACCCAUCCCAUCCUACGUGGGAAGGGAGUUUAAAUCUAUAAGGUUGAGUCCUGUGAAAUAGUCAAUAUAUAUUUUUUUUAAAAAUCUAUCUUUAUUGAUUUCAGAGAGGAAGGGAGAGAGAGAGACAGAAACAUCA